AAGUGAACAUCAUCACUAUGGCAAAUGUCAACUGGAGUCCUGAAGAUCUGAUCAAAAAAUCUCACCAAGCAAAGGAAUUUGCCUACAGUCUAUACAGCAAGUUCAGAGUUGGAGCAGCACUGCUUACACAUAAUGGGACUGUGUUCACUGGAUGCAACGUAGAAAACAGCUGUUAUAAUCUGGGCAUCUGUGCUGAGAGGGUCACUAUCGCCAAGGCUGUGUCAGAGGGACAUCAAAACUUCAAAGCCAUUGCUAUAGCCAGUGACAUGGUGGACAACUUUAUCUCACCAUGUGGUGGCUGCAGACAGUUCAUGAGAGAGUUUGGCCUGCAGUGGGAUGUUUAUUUGACAAAACCAGAUGGCUCUUUUAAGAAGAUGACUGUGGAGGAGCUCCUUCCAGUCUCAUUUGGACCUGAUGAUCUUAAAUAUGAAAGGAAACAGAUAAAAAGCAAUUAGAUUUUUUUUUUGCAAAAUAAAUAUGCAACAAAUUGAAAAUAUUUCAGCAUUUUGCCUGUGCAUGAAAUGUGUAUGUCAAUGUUGUCAACUAUUAGCUGUAAUCCUCACUGGUAUUAAAUAUUAAAAUAAUAUUAGAAUGGAUGUUGUGCUAAGGAAUUUUUUUAAUGAGAUACAAAAGUCUGGUAUUGCACUACUACUCAGCAGAUUCACAUUAAGC